UUAUCGCCGCGCGCCGAGGCCAGGGUGUGAUGUUGGUAUAAGAGCAACGCCGCGGCACUGCCGCAGAGCCCGGCGCUGCUGCCACCCCGCUGCCAUGAGGCACCUCCUCCUGCUCGCCCUGCUCUGCCUCUCCAUGGCCACCAGCCUCAAAAGGGUGACGCUGAGGCGGCACCGCUCCCUGCGGAAGCAGCUGCGGGACCGUGGGCAGCUCUCGCACUUCUGGAAGGCGCACAGGCUGGACAUGGUGCAGUACAGCGAGGACUGCGCUGCCUUCAUGGACACCAACGAGCCCCUCAUCAACUACCUGGAUAUGGAGUACUUUGGGCAGAUCUCCAUCGGGACCCCCCCCCAGAACUUCACUGUGGUCUUUGACACCGGCUCCUCCAACCUCUGGGUGCCUUCUGUCUACUGCGUCAGCAAAGCCUGUGCCAAGCACGCCAAGUUCCAGCCAUCGCAAUCCAGCACGUACCAGCUGGUGGGGACGCCCUUCUCCAUCCAGUACGGCACCGGCAGCUUGACGGGGGUCAUCGGAUCCGACCAAGUGGUCGUCGAGGGCCUCACCGUGAGCAACCAGCAGUUCGCAGAGAGCGUCAGCGAGCCGGGGAAAGCCUUUGUGGAUGCUGCGUUCGACGGCAUCCUGGGGCUGGCAUACCCCUCGCUGGCCGUGGGCGGCGUCACCCCCGUCUUCGACAACAUGAUGGCUCAGGACCUGCUGGAGCUGCCCAUGUUCUCCGUGUACCUGAGCACGAACCCGGAGUCAUCCCUGGGAGGGGAACUGCUCUUUGGUGGCUUCAACCCUUCCCGCUUCACAGGGACCCUCAACUGGGUGCCGGUCACCCAGCAAGGGUACUGGCAGAUCCAGCUGGACAACGUCCAGCUCGGGGGGGCAGUGGCUUUCUGCACCAACGGGUGCCAGGCCAUCGUGGACACGGGCACGUCGCUCAUCACGGGUCCCACCAAGGAUAUAAAGGAACUGCAAAGCUCCAUUGGUGCCACUCCUGUGGAUGGGGAGUACGCUGUGGAGUGCAGCAGCCUCAGCGUGAUGCCGGAUGUGACCUUCACCAUCAACGGGCUGCCCUACACGCUCAGCGCCCAGGCCUACACCCUCAUGGAAUACAGCGAUGGAAUGGCCUUCUGCACCAGCGGCUUCCAGGGCAUGGACAUCCCCCCUCCCGCCGGGCCCCUCUGGAUUUUGGGUGAUGUCUUCAUCCGCCAGUUUUACUCCGUCUUCGACCGUGGAAACAACCGAGUGGGGCUGGCGCCCGCUGUCCCCUAAAGCUGAGCACCCCUGGGCAGGAUGGGAGCGGAGCCUCAGCAGGGCUGGGGCUAUCAGUGAGCCUGGAGGUGAUGAAGGCACCAGGGGCUGCAGCUGGAGAGCGCAGCAGAGG